AUGAACCACGUCGACACCAAGCCGGAGACAUGUGCUACUUGCGUCGGCGGCCCGCCCUGCGCGCCCAAGGGCCUCUUCAACAUAUCAGUGUGCCAGUACGGAUCUCCGACGUUCAUAUCAUUCCCUCACUUCUACCUGGCCGACCCGUCCAUUCCCGCCAAGGUGGACGGCCUGGCGCCCAGUAAAGAGAAGCACCAGUUCUUCGUGGACAUUGUGCCGCGCGUGGGUGUAUCGAUGAAGGCCAAGAUCCGCGUGCAGAUCAACUUCAAGAUCGGCCCGGUUCCGGACGUCCUGUACACACAGAACCUCCCCGACAUGUUCUUCCCCGUCCUCUGGAUGGAAGCGGGCGUGGACCAUCUGCCGCCGGAAAGCAUCCAGAUGGUGAAGCAGGCGACCGACACGCCCGAGGUGGCGCGCACCACCAUGACCGCCGUCACGUUCGUGCUCGGCGCCGUGCUCGUGCUGAUCGGCGCCGCAGUGCUGCUGUCGCGCAUGCGGCAGAAGCGGCGCGCCGAGGUGGCCGCGGCCUCGGCCGCCGGCGCCGCGCAGAGCAAUGGCAAGCCGGUGGAGCUGGCCGAGGUGGCGCCGGUCAACGGCGGGGCGCCGACCAACGGCACCGCCCCCGAGAAGGGCGCGCCGCCGUCCGUCUGAGGGCGCGCCGUGCUUUCUUCCACAAACCGGGGCUUCGUCGGGGACGACGGCACGGCCGCCAGCGUCGGCUCGGGCUCGGUGAUGCUGCCGCCGACGCCGCAGCCGGCGAACGCGGUGCGGCCGCUCACCUGCCGCGUGUACGAGAUCGUUAAACACCGCGCGCCCGUGCCGUUCGCCCCACCCAGUGCCAACGGCCCGCCGGCGCCGCGCCCCUGGAUGGUCGCCGAUGCAUCGUGAUAUUAUCCUAUUUUUAAUAUCGACAAAAUGGAGUGCCUUGAAUUUCUAUGAGUGUACACUGCUGUCUCGUCGAAGUCAGGGCGCCCAAAUAAGGUCACAACGAUGCGUAGCCAUGCCGUUGAGUGCGAUGGAGGAAAGCACGGACUCUGAUAUUGUUGGUAUGAGUGGGAGAGAGAGAGCGUCUCUCGGUGAGGGCGGUUAGUGGCAGAAGACAAGCGUCGGCUGGCCCCUGCUUGUGCGGCAGAGGAAUGCUGGUAUUCCGUGCUGGACAAUAUGGCGUCGCUCCGUGGCGCAGUGGCUGUGUGGCGCGUACAUUGCUGCUGUGGAUUUCCAGUGCCUGAAGCGGCGGGGGCUCCGCCCACUUCUGCCUCUGACCACCCCGGCCGAUCCCUGUUCCAUCUGGUGGCGGCCGCUCAAACUAACAAUGUCCGGGUCUGUGCAUGCCAUCUCUGAUCCCGGUCGGGACGCUCGCUCAACCAUUUGAUUUGGUGUUCGGGGAUGUAGCUCUGUUGGGAGUGCUGGUGUGAACUGUAUAUAACCCGAUUUUUCAUUCACCUGCAGCCAACGACGUUUCUCAGGAAGCAAAGACAGUCAAAGACUGCAAAGUAUGUUUUCUGUCCUUACACUUCCUUGCACUGACAGUGCGGAAAGCAAAUAAGCUCUGAAAAUUAACUUGGAUGGUAACCUCAGGCUCAACGGUUGAUGUUUAACACAUGGUUGAAAUAUGGAAAAUAGAUUCGAUGCCCUGCCUUUGUCACCUAAAAACGCAAUCAUAUAAGUACACCAUGGUCGUUACGAAAAAGAGUAUUAUUCACACACUAAUCCUGGACCUAAAAUUAGCUGUUUCCUCCCCACACAUCUGAUGUGCAUUACCAAUCAAACCGCUUUGGUUUUCUACCUCCUCAUUCGUAAUAUUACCUCGCUGGCAGACAUUUCCAGUCGCGGAUUACGCUUGGUCAUGGGAUGAUGUGCUGUUUGACGGUGGGGCAAUAUUUGGGUCGAGAGGUGUACCCGGGUGUUCUUUUUGCGUCCGGCAGGUCUGAAAAUUGUCCUCCAGGUUCGUCUCGAAUGCGCCAUGCAUAGCCGCAGACACUAACAGCCGUAGCUAGGCAUGGCGAUGUAAGAUACUUUGCCGUGACCACGGCCUGAAUUUUGUUGCGGCCAAUACCACAAGAUUCCGGAUGAUUUUCCGACCAAACGCGCCUGCGAUUUGAUAAAGAUCAGGAGGGAACUAUAUGUAGCAUUUUUGGUCAUUUUGAACUUUCAGCCCAGUGGCGUAAGGUUACCAUCUAACCGAUGUUUGGAUUUUCCUGCCUUAUUUCUGGCCACUGACGUGCAAGAUGCUUACGACCAUAUUUGCGGUUGCUUCGCUUACACCAGUAAAGUUGGCUUGAUAUCUGUGUUUUGUCACAACUGCAUAGUUCCGUCAGCCGUCGGGCAUGGAUGGUAUCGUGGCCUUCACUGAAACAGGUCUCCAGUUUGUAUGACGGGGGCCGCCAUUUAUCCACAUCUUCAUAUUUUGUGUAUUGUAACAUGGUGUAAUUGUACAUUCCACACGUAUCGACGGCGACUGCAAAUAAACCAUGACGCAAAACAAGGA